GGGGGUGUGGGGGGGGGGGAGGCGGCGACCGGCGGGAUCCGCGCCCGAUUCCCGUCGCGGCGGAGGAAUGGCGGACGAUGAGGACAUUAGCCUGCUUGUCAUAGUGGUGGACGUCAAUCCUAUUUGGUGGGGCCAGCAGAUCCUGAAGGAAUCCCAGUUCACACUAUCGAAAUGUAUGGAUGCAGUGAUGGUGAUGGGAAACUCACACUUAGUCAUGAGCCGCAAUAACAGACUGGCCAUUAUAGCGAGUCACAGUCAGGAAAGCCGUUUCCUGUAUCCAGGUAAAUACUGGAAAUUGGGAAGCUUUGCAGAAAGUGGUGAUAUUAAUUCUGCUGAAUCUACCUCUUCUGGUAGUAAGGAUGGUAAAUAUGAACUUCUGGCCAUAGGAAAUGACAUCAUCACCGAGGAGAUCAGAGAUUUAAUGGCAAAAACUGAAGUGAGAGCCCAACUGACAGAAACCUUGCUGGCAGGAUCAUUGGCAAAAGCACUUUGUUAUAUUCACAAGGUGAAUAAAGAGUUAGAAGCCGGGCAUGAGCUGAAAUCCAGAAUAUUGGUUAUUAAAGCUGCUGAAGAUUCUGCUGCUCAAUAUAUGAAUUUUAUGAAUGUUAUCUUUGCAGCACAGAAACAGAAUAUUCUGAUUGAUGCGUGUGUUUUGGACUCUGAGUCUGGGUUACUGCAGCAAGCUUCUGAUAUAACCGGAGGGUUAUAUUUAAAAAUACCACAGAUGCUGUCACUCUCUCAAUAUUUACUGUGGGUGUUUUUACCAGAUCCUGAGCAGAGGUCCCAGCUAGUCCUUCCCCCUCCAGUUCACGUGGAUUAUCGAGCUGCCUGCUUCUGUCACCGCAAUCUGAUUGAAAUUGGUUAUGUGUGUUCUGUCUGCCUAUCAAUAUUUUGCAACUUUAGUCCCAUCUGCACCACAUGCGAGACUGCUUUCAGAAUUGCUCUGCCUCCUAUUUUGAAAACCAAGAAGAAGAAGCCCAAACUCCCAACACUGAACUACUUGACAAGCUGACACCAGGAAACAAGCCCAUCAGCCCAUUUUCCAUUGGAAUCUCUCACUUUUACAAGCCUCAGGUGUUCACUGAAUCAGGGCAACAAAUCCAGAUCCAGAACGUUCCCACUUAUUACUUUUGCAGCUAAUAUAAUGGCACGAGGAGUUCAGACUGCAACAAAGUGUUAUACUCUUUAUUGUGUGGUUAAAACAUUCACAGAUCUGGAAACAUUUUUUGCAAGUUUCUUUGACCAAUUUGUUGUUACUUUUUGUAAAACCUAACAUUGGUUAGAAAAUAAACACACACUGCUAAUA